UGAAGAUGAUGUCUGCAAAAAACAUGGUUAAAGUAAUGAUCGUCCUGUUUGCAAUUUGUUUUCUUGCAAAUUCGGAUGGGAAGCCUGUUAAGAGGAGAUCUGUGAGUGAAAUACAGUUUAUGCAUAACCUGGGCAAACAUCUGAACUCAGUGGAAAGGGUGGAAUGGCUGCGGAAGAAGCUGCAGGAUGUGCACAAUUUUAUUGCCCUUGGAGUUCCUAUAUUUCACAGAGAUGGUGGUUCCCAGAGGCCUCGAAAAAAGGAAGACAAUGUCCUGGUUGAGAGCCAUCAAAAAAGUCUUGGAGAAGCAGACAAAGCUGAUGUGGAUGUGUUGAGUAAAGCCAAAUCCCAGUGAAC